AUGCAACAAAAUAGUAGCACAGAACAAAAAGAGAGCACAAAUUCCAUCUAUAAAAUUUCGAAACAACCGAUAUUUGCUCCAUACGGCUUCCAAUUUGAUAUCAGAAGUGAAUUUUUCGAAAAAUUUAAAGAAUUGGGAUUGGUAUUUACAUGCACUCAAAGUUGUUACAAUGAAGACGAAAUUUUGAAGAAAAUACAAGGAUUGAAUUUUCCAUAUAUGAAAUUUCUGAAUAAGAUUUUUAAAAAAGAUAAAACACUGAGCGGAAGCUGUCAGUUAGGGAAAUAUCUAAAAGAAAAUGGCUUAGAUUAUCAUGAUUUCUCUGAAUUUCAAACAAAAGAAGAAUUCAUUCGAUAUCAAGAAGAAAAGCUCCAAACAGAGAAACAACAGCAACAUGCACAACAAGGAGAAAUUGAAAACCACCGUGAAGAAGAAGAAAACAAAUUGUUAAGACAUGAAAGCUGCAGUCAAGGUAAAUCACAUCAUAAAUCUAGAAAACACAUAAGGCAUUCAAAUCAAUUAGUUCAACAACAACAUCAACAGUUUAUGCAGUACCAGCAAUUUCAGCAGAUGCAAUAUCUCAAUCAAAUGCAUCAAAUGCAACAAUUACAGAUACAAUAUCUCAAUCAAAUGAUUCCACGACCAAAUCCACUUAUUAUUUAUUACCAACCUGUUGUGUAUUUGCAAUAUCCGUGUUAUAUGAAUCAAACACGUUUAAAUUUUGCUCAAUCUAUUAUUUCUACUCUUGAAUAA